AUGACGUCUUUGCGACGAAAUGCCCUCAAUCCCGACGACGAAUGUCAAUUACCGGAUACUAAACGUCAUAAGAAAACUAGUGUCGCCGGCCGCCUUUAUGAGACGUCAGAAUUGUCCGAGAUUGCGUUAUCACAUCGAGUUCAAAGGACCGUUCAACCAUCAAAAUGUUCUCAUUGUGACACCCUUUCCAUUCUCUACACCGUCCAGUGUACCGAAUGUGGCGCUCAAUGGCAUAAAACCUGUUUCCCGAAGACGACACAAACUUGUGGACAAUCGGCAAGGCCAAGUGAUCGGCGUAUGAGCAUUUUCGGCGUAUCGUUAGAAGGCCAUUUAGAAAUGCAACGUCGAAACAUCCCACUGAUCAUCGAGUCGACUAUUCACGAACUUCAAAAGAGAGGAAUGCGUGUAAAAGUAAGUUAA